AUGGUACUUUCUGCACCUCCACAUGCAAGACCAUCCAUUAUCGUCAUGUCUACCUUUGUUGAUGCUCUCAUGGUUGCACCACAAGAACUUCCUUCAAACUUUGUUGUGGAGAUUGAACAACAUAUCUCCGAUUUUGCGUUCUUUGUUGAGCUAAGACCUUACACCUGCGAUGGCGGUAAGGAGGGUUCUUUGGAGCGCGUAACACACACAGAAAUGGCAACUGGAGACCGUAAUUCAAGCCACCCGGAGCAUUUAAUGGAGUCGAAGGAGUACAACAAACCAUACACCUGCAAUGGUUGUAAGGAACUUGGCUUUGGGUUUCGAUACCGAUGUGAAAAAUGCGAUUUUGAUCUCCACCAACUGUGCAUGUUUCCUGAUACCUCACUAUUUGCCCAUGAAUUCUUCCCCGGUUCCACCUUCGAGUUCCUCACAACUCCAACCAAACGGCGGCAGUGUGACGCUUGCGGAAUGAACGUGAAUGGCUUCGUCUACCACUGCAAGAAAGACGACCUGAACCUCCACCCCUGUUGCGGACACCUCAAGGAAAAACUCCAUAUCAAAUUAGAUGAUGACAAAGACGAAGAAAUGGUUCUCAAUCUCAACAAGGAAAUGCGAGGGAAGUGCACGUGGUGCAAGGACGACCAUGGUAAUGGAUGGUCAUACAUGUCCGAGUGCGGGAAGCAUCAUAUUCAUGUGGCUUGUGUCACCCAAACUGUUUUAGAGAAAUGGAAACGGAGGGAAGACAGCACCAAAGACCAUGACAGCCGACAACUGCCCCAUAACUAA